UUCACACCUGGCUUCAUCUGGCCCCCAGUUCACACCUGGCUUCAUCUGGCCCCCAGUUCACACCUGGCUUCAUCUGGCCCCCAGUUCACACCUGGCUUCAUCUGAUCCCCAUUUCACAUCUGACCCCCAGUUCACACCUGGCUUCAUCUGGCCCCCAGUUCACACCUGGCUUCAUCUGGCCCCCAGUUCACACAUGGCUUCAUCUGGCCCCCAGUUCACACCAGGCUUCAUCUGGCCCCCAGUUCACACCUGGCUUCAUCUGGCCCCCAGUUCACACCUGGCUUCAUCUGGCCCCCAGUUCACACCUGGCUAAUCUGGCCCCCAGUUCACACCUGGCUUCAUCUGGGCCCCAGUUCACACCUGGGUUCAUCUGGCCCCCAGUUCACACCUGGCUUCAUCUGGACCCCAGUUCACACCUGGCUUCAUCUGGCCCCCAGUUCACACCUGGCUUCAUCUGGACCCCAGUUCACACCUGGCUUCAUCUGGCCCCCAGUUCACACCUGGGUUCAUCUCACCCCCAGUUCCCACGGUCAUCCUCAUCAAUCUCCCACCCCCAUUCCACCCAAACUAAAAACCAUCGUUCGAUCAUUCAAGCAAUUAUUGAAGAUAUUUGCUCUUCUAAUAAUAAGGAAUAUCAGGGAUUAGUUGAGGC